AACACAUUGGAAAAAGAGAGUGAGACGGCUUUCAUAAAUAAAGGUUAGCUGCUAUAAGUUCUUCCUCCUUUGUAGUUUGUAGUUUGUAGAGAGAAAGAGAGAGAGAGAGAAGCAAGAAGGGACCAGGCCAAGGAAUUCAAAACCCUUCCCUCCUCUUCUCUUGAAAUCUUAUCAAGAAGUAGUGCAAAGUUUAUAUAUAUAUAUAUAUUAUAAAUCAAGAAGAGGUGCAGAGGUUGUUUUGGUAGCAGUUAGCAGAGGGGGAUUAAGGUUUAACUUGAAUGGAGGUGAUGAUGAUGGGGAGAGCUCCGAUGUUGAGAAGUGAGGAAGGGUACAUGGAAAAGAGACAGCUGUUCCUGCGGAGCUACCACUUCUCCAGGAAGCGAACUACCAUGGACCGCAUCAGACGAUCUCUGGUCCGUGUCAGGUGCCUUAUCUUGGUUCGCCUCCGCACCGCCCGUAGGUUGCCAUUCCUUGUUUGGUGUCGUCUCAGGCUUAAACUCCGCUGCCUCUGCCCGUCUCGCCGCAGACAGUUCCAACGUCUCCUUGUCAACCCACGUCCACUCGCCUGCAACACCGACUGCUGGCCUUGGUCCUCAAUCCACACAACAUCAUAACU